AUGGAUCCGCAUCUUCUGAUCGUUCUCCUCUGCCUUGGAUUACUUCUGCUUGCAGCGAGGGCAGCCCGGCGCAUUCUAUAUCGAGCCUGUGUGCCGAGAAGCCCUGCUCUUCGAAGGACAUCCUGGCGAGAUCUUUGCCUUCUUCGAUCAGAUCGGCUUUCGGACUGGCCAGUAUUGGAAGCAGCUUUUGAGAUUUCCCGGCUGGAAUGGUUGGCCAUCCACGGAGCUCCGCCCAUUGCACAGCGUCCCGAAGUUCGAUGUGCAACCAGAGUACCACCCGUGCUGGUGGAUCACUCGCAACUCUGCCUUCAGGAUCUUGCCGAUGUGGAAAGGCAGAAUGUGAUGUGGCAAAGCUUCUCCUUCUUCAAUGCAUUGUUCUUCCACGGGCAGCUGCAGGUCGAUGACAUUCGCUUUCGUGCUUCAGUGCCAGGAUCGCUGGAUGCCGCAGAAGGGGCUGAGGCCGCCGUGCGCUGUGAGUUUUCCGGUGAUUUCACAUCAGCAAUGUUGUGGAUCGAAUUCGUAUGGCCAUGCUGCAAGUCGUGGACCCUUAUGAGGACGGUAUCAGUGCUGCUGCAUGAGAUGGUACACGUGUGGCACGACUCAAGCUGGACAAGGUUUUGUGCCCAACUCGGAAGCAUUGACAUGUUGUUGUUCACUCAUGCGGUCAGCGUUAGUUUCGACCCCGCAUGCUUCGUCAUUGCUCGUCAUGGUAUGCUCGUGGAUCCGACUCAUAGUGAGGUCACGAAUCUGUACUUGGAGCGAAUCAAGCUGUACUUGCUGAAUGCGGCGAAUGGCAUUGUCUUCCUCGCAGCGAUGUUGCAGCAAUACGAUGUCUUUCGGGGCCAGCACUAUUCGGUUCUCGAAUCUUCCAAAGAUCAGGAACUCAUCGAAGGCAUCAGUGCUGGUAACAUGUUGAAGUUCUACAGGAUGCUGAUAAAAGAUGUUGCGAAGGAAAUGUUGAAAGCGGUGAUCUGUAAUAAUCUUGUUGGGGACGAUAACCAAGCGAUUGUCAACGUAUAUGGUACAGAAGAGAAGUGGCUUGUUGGAAUCAAAGAAAUUCUGUAG